AUGCAGCACCAAGACGAUAUUUCAGAGAGAAUAGCAGCAGCUCGUCGAGAUGCAGAUCUAUUAAAAGAAAGAAUCAAGCAAAGAAAAGAAGCAUUAGCUGACACAACAUUGAGAAAAAUGGCUCAGGAUGUCGAGCCACUGCCUCGAGUUGUCAUGAAAGUGCGUAGAAAUCUCAGAGGCCAUUUAGCCAAAAUUUAUGCCAUGCAUUGGGCAAACGACAGCCAGCAUCUGGUAUCUGCUUCUCAGGACGGUAAAUUGAUUGUAUGGAAUGCCUACACCACCAACAAAUUGCACGCCAUCCCGCUUCGUUCUGCUUGGGUCAUGACAGCUGCCUACGCCCCCUCCGGCAAUUUUGUUGCUUGUGGUGGUCUGGAUAACAUUUGCUCCAUCUACAACCUCACUUCUCGUGAUGGCCCUGUUCGACCUGCCCGAGAGUUAUCUGCUCAUGUUGGCUAUUUGAGUUGUUGUCGAUUUUUGGAUGAUCGUCGAAUCUUGACAAGUUCUGGUGAUAUGACUUGCUUCCUUUGGGAUAUUGAUGCAGGCGUCAAGACUCAUGAAUUCGCUGAUCAUAUGGGCGAUGUGAUGAGUGUGUCCAUCAAUCCCAAUGAUCCCAACAUGUUUGUCUCGGGUGCCUGUGACUCCACUGCUAAAAUCUGGGACAUAAGAACGAGAUCUUGCGUGCAGACAUUCACUGGACACGAAAGCGAUAUCAAUUCUGUGCAAUUCUUCCCAAGUGGUACAGCUAUUGGCACUGGUUCAGACGAUGCUAGUUGUCGCUUAUUUGAUCUUCGAGCUGAUCGUGAAUUGAACAACUAUACUGAUGCAGACAUUUUAUAUGGUAUCACAUCAAUUGCCUUUUCUGCUUCAGGCAGAUUAUUGUUUGCAGGCUAUGAUGAUUUCAGUAGUCAUGUAUGGGAUACUCUCAAGGGCGAACGUGUUGGUAUUUUGACAGGUCAUGAAAAUAGAGUGUCAUGUCUUGGUGUAUCAAAUGAUGGCAUGGCUCUAUGUACCGGUAGUUGGGAUAGUUAUCUCAAGAUUUGGGCAUAA